UUUUUUAUUUUGACAAGGCCAUUCAUGUUUCCUUGCUUUUAAAGCAUCAUCUCUCUCCGUCUACAAUCUCUCUCAUCACCAUCAAUCAAGAAUCAAAAAAUUCAUGGCUUCACCAACUCCAUUCCUCUCCAUCUUCCUCUUCUUCCUCAUUACAGUCUCCGCAGAUCCCGACAUGCUCCAAGACCUCUGCGUCGCUGAUCUCUCCUCCGGAAUCAAAGUCAACGGCUUCCCUUGCAAAGACGCAGCUAACGUCACGUCCCUCGACUUCUUCUCACAAGCACUAGCGAAUCCAGGUCUCACCAACAACACAUUCGGUGCCUUAGUCACAGGAGCCAACGUAAUGAACCUGCCAGGACUCAACACACUCGGUGUCUCCCUCUCUCGCAUCGACUACGCGCCAGGUGGUUCAAACCCGCCUCACACUCACCCACGUGCCACCGAAGUCGUCUACGUCCUCCAAGGAACACUCGACGUUGGGUUUCUCACGACCGCGAACAAGCUCAUCUCUCAGUCUCUCAAGAAAGGUGACGUAUUUGCUUUCCCCAAAGGACUUGUUCACUUCCAGAAGAACAACGGUGACGUUCCUGCCUCUGUCAUUGCUGCUUUUAAUAGUCAGCUUCCUGGAACUCAGUCUCUUGGUGCUACUUUGUUCGGCUCUACGCCUCCUGUUCCUGAUGAGAUCUUGGCUCAAGCCUUUCAGACGUCUUCAGGAACUGUUAAACACAUUAAAACUAGGUUCCAACCCAAGAAAUGAUGAUCUUCUUCUCCAAAUUCAUUACAUGUUUUUUUUUUUCCCCGGUUCUGUUUUAAUUUAUGUUGUGCAGUGAAACCAAUAACUGAUCUUUGUUUGUGCAUUUUUGAGUUCCAUUGUCACAUUUACGAUC